ACACGACUCGCCUUGUUGUGUGUAUUCCCGUGCUCGCUUCGCCAUCUUGUUGCAACCUUUUUUUUUUUCUUUUUUUUUUUUUUUUCUUUACGUAUUUCGGGAUCUACUUUCUGUUUGGCUGGAUUAAAAAAAACUGGCCGCCUGCUUUCUGGAGAACCGCACAAGGGGGGUUCACACGGGAGUGAAUCCGCGCACGUAGCGCUUAAUACCGGGGCACUACUUUCCAUUCCCCCCCUCUUUCCGUCCCGGACCACCGGGUCCCCCCCUGCCGUCAGGGCUCACGCGAAAUGAGUAUCGACACACUUUUGGAGGCGGCCAGGUACCUGGAAUGGCAAGCCCAGCAGCAACAACAAACAAGACGUGAGGAUGAGCUGUUUAAGGAGAAGGAAGCCAUCAAGACGGAGGCUGAGACUAAACAUGUGGAGCUUGUCGCCUCACCUCUGCCUGUCAGAGCCAACCACACUGCUUGGGCUGAUGAUGCUCUUCGCCAGCAGCCGCAUCAUCCUCCCGCCCCUCCGCCGCCUUCUCUCCCACCUUCACAAGUUCCCAUCGCCGUCAUCCCGAUGGUCCCGGUCGUCAAUGCGACACCCUCUGUCCCCCCCCUUCCCCUCAGUACGCCGAUCGCUGCAGCUGCCACUACGCUCAGCAGCCCCCUGCCUCCCAAAAAAGAGAGCACUUCCUCUACGGCGCCGCAGCAGCAGCAGUCAGUGUCUCAUCACCUGUUGUGCCCCUCCCAGAUCAAAAUGGAACCUGCUCAGCAGCUGAUAGAUGUAAAGCCGGGCCUAUCGCAGCCUCAGAUGCAGAUUCAGUACCCAGCUUCUAUUAGUACCAAUGGCUCUGGCUCCCAUCAUGCACUGGCUCCCCAUCAAGCACCACCUACACCUCAGCCGCGCCCCAAUGGCGUGACGAUAGAGGACCUGAGGGGGAUGGAGGGCAAGAGGAGACCUGGAGGAGCGGGAACCAGAGAGGUGCACAACAAGCUGGAAAAGAACAGGAGAGCACACCUCAAGGAGUGUUUUGAGACACUUAAGAAAAACGUUCCUAAUGUUGAUGAGAAGAAAACCUCUAACCUCAGCGUUCUGCGCAGUGCACUCCGUUACAUACAGACUCUGAAGCGUAAGGAGAAGGAGUUUGAGCACGAGAUGGAGCGUUUGGCCAGAGAGAAGAUCUCCACGCAGCAGCGGCUGGCCGAGCUGAAGAACGAGCUCAGCCAGAACAUGGACGCCAUGGAGAUCGACCGAGUCCUCCGACAGACCAUCCAGCCGGAGGACGACCAGGCCUCCACGUCUACUGCCUCAGAGGGAGAGGACAUCUUCGACCAGGAUGUGGACGAAGACGCUGCCGCCCGUCCCGCUCCCGCAUCCCUCCAGAAACCGGCUCUGUCCAUCCUCCAAGCCCAGCCGCUCCUGGCUCCACAUCUGUCCAUCCAGCACGCCGCUCUUCCUCUUUCUGGAGUCCUCGCUGCCCCUCCUCCCGCCGGUCCUCCUCCUCCUCAGGCCAUCGCCCCCGCUCCGCCUCCCGGCCCUCCUCCUCCUCUUCCUCUUCAUACUCCAGCUGUGCAGGUCCAGCCGACCGUGAUUGCUCACGCCGCCGUCUCACACCCGUCGGUGAUCCACUCGGUCAGUCACACCAUCCCAGCCAACCACAAACACUUAGCACACAUAGCCCCCUCUCCGGGUCCCGUCUCCUCCACCCUGCAGCCAAUGGCGGCGGCACCCGUCACGGCGACGCACCAGCACAUAGCCCAGCCCAUCGGACACAUCACCGUCCACCCGGUGGCGCACCUGGGGGCGCCCCUCGCGUCCCACCUCCCGACUUUGUACCCCCAGGGUGUGCCGGUCACCCAGCCCACCGUGGUGGGCCACAUCACCCACACCUUCGCCCACCACGCCCUGCCGCACAUCCAGGCCGGCGCUCAGACUAACACUAAUGGAGCACAGGUGAGCAGCGCCGCCGUGGUGAGCCAAGGCAACCCGUCGCUGGGGAAACCCACGGCGGUGCUCGCCCCGCAUCCCCAGCUGGUUGGCCAGGCCGCUGUCCUCAACCCUGUCACCAUGGUUACUGUCCCAACCUUCCCCGUCAGCACGCUCAAACUGGCCUAAAACAGAAAUCCACCACGGCCUGACGGAGAGGCGAGUCGGACUCAGACGGCCUGGAUCUGCGUUCGGUCGGAUCCGUUGGUUUUGGAUGUGAGAAUCUUUGUGAUAUUUUGGUCACAGCUCUGCUAAUGAGAACAUUGCUGCAGACUCGGCGGGUUCGGGGCAUUGUUGGUGAAAACGAGACUGUGACAUUUGGCUUCGCCGCAAAGUCAGGAACUUAGUUUCACCUUUCCUCUUCCUGCCUCUCUCUCUUUUAUUCCUUUCCUCUGCAACCAGAAGCACUAAAACGAUAAGCUCAGUUCACACUCAGGCUCCAGAGAUUCACUUCCAUCGGCCUCGCUCUCAUUCGGUGAAAGGUGUCGUCAGCUCUUAAUGUAAUGAUACGAGUGUGUUUCUCACUCAGAUGUGAUGAAGAGGAGAAGCAUCACUGAUGCAUUUAAGACGAAGCUCGCUGAUCUAAAUAAAUUAUUCACAACAGCUUCGGUCAUGUUCAAAGGAGAAUAUUCCAGAUUUUUUCCCUCCUGUGCUCCAGCUUCACCCAAAUUUAAACUUCACAACCAAACAAAAAAUAGAGAAAAUAUGUUUAACUUCUAAUUUAUGUUCUGCUGCUUGGAUCUGAUUAUAUGAACACAUGUUGGGUGACAAUACUGAGCAGAAUCCUACAGGAAAAGUUCACAUUUCACGCAACAAUUUCCUUCUGCUCUCAUUGUUCCCCCUCUAUGCGUUUUAUUUUCUGGCUGUUACCACAGCGCCCCCUGCUGCCAAAUAGCACAGCUUACACUGAUGUCACUCGCACCCAACACAAGCUUUUUUGAGAGCCAAAAGUGCCAUAAUGUAAUAUUUAAUGAUGAAUCAAAAGUGUCAUAAUUCAGACAAACAAAUGAAGGAAUAAAAAAUUUUGGAAUUAUUUGAAUGUGGCAGUAAUUAAAUGCAUAGUUGGAAAAAUAAUCAGUUGGUAAAGCCAUACAGAAUCAUUCCAGUUUAAAUUUAUUUUAUGUCUUUUGUGCUUCAGUGCAGCACACAGUUAAGCUCUCUGAGAAAUUUAAUCUUAAGUUUUAAUCAAUCCAGAAGCAUGUUUAUGAAUUAAAAUGAAACGUAGAUCGAAAACAAAAAUUAAAUAAUCUAAAAAUGAUAAAUCACUUGUUUUAUUUGAAUUUUUUUUUUAAUAUUUCAUCUAAAAAAUUAUUUAACCUUUCUUGAGAAUCGGUAGAAAACUUCAAUCCCAUUACAGAAAUCAAAACUACUUUUUUCAUGUUUUGAUUGGUAUUAUAAUGAUUUAUCUUUCGUUAAGAAGAUUCCAAGUUCUUCCAGUUAAAGAAAACAUGUUGGUAAAGUUAAAAGAUUAUUUUAAAUCCUAAUCAGAUUGGGAUAUUAAUUGUGAUUGUGAUUAGUUUAUACUGUGAAGGAUUUUCUUUUUUUUUUUUUUUUUUGAAUUGUGGCACUUUUGGACCUCCGUAGGGUUCAAACCGCUUCUUGCAGCUCUGGAAAUUGGUCUCUGCUCAUGUGUCAGCAGAUACUGUAAGCUUUAGUUAAUAUCGUUUUCCACUCAAACAGCUGGUGUCUAAAAUCUAAAUUAAAAUCUGUCGCUCUUGUUAAAAAAAUUAUAAAAAAGAUU